GGUUGUGUAUACUAAUUAUUACUAUUAUUAUAACGCGUUCGUGAACAGUGUCUGCACGCGCAGUACAGCGGCAGCAACGGCGGCGGUAGUGCGUGCGUAUCUCACUUGCGACGUACAGUGAUAUUGUGACAAUACAUCGCGUUAUUUUAUAUAAUUAUUAUCAUACGUUCGUACUCUAACUAUAUUGUUAUUUAAUUAUUACGUUAAUAAAACAGUUCGUUCACGUACGAGUCAAUCGAUCCUACAUCAGUCCGAUUGUAUUAAAAAAUAUUUUUAUCGACGGUCUUGGUCCCAGCCGCCCGGAAACACCGGAGAGAAAAAGUUGUCUCUGCAGUCCACGACUUUCAGCUAUAUAUUGUAUAAUAAUAAAAAUAUCAAAAUCCGUUUUCGUGUACACUCGCGUGCGGUUUUUUCGUGUCGGCAUCACGCCCGCGAUAAAUGUCAUCGGCACCGUCCGGGCCCGCACCACUUGCACCGUCAACGCGAUGAUUGCUUCGGAGACCCGUAACCAUUGCGUCGCCGUAGUCAUGGAUUUGAGCACGCGGGCCAGUUCCGGCGGCGGAGGCGACUCCAACGACGGCGGCAACCAUGGUCGCCGGCGGAGCGGUGGCGGCAGACCGGCCAAGUCGGUGUUUUCCAUCCGGAGUCUGGUCGGCGAGGAUACCGUUCGCAACCGUCGCGACCGGGACGUAGACGGCAGCGGUGACGACGACGACGACCGAGGCGAUCACGCAGCAGCAGCUGCGGCAGUAUCGGCAGCGGCAGUGUCGGCUGCGGCGGCGGCGGUAUCGGCGUCGGGAGUAUCGGCAGUGGCCGCCGUGGCGUCGGCCGACGAAAGCCACGGACUGCAGAAAGAUGACCAGCCCCAGUCGGGAGAGUGUGCGUUGACGCACGCAGCAGUGCCGUUCGACGACAGGCGUCGCACCGCAGCAGCCACCGCAGUGGCCAUGGCCGCAACAAUGAUGCGAGAGAGGUCUGCCGUUGUGGCGGCAGCUAUGGUGGUUCAACAACAGCAGCAGCAACAACAACACAAGCAGCUCCAACACCAGCAGCAACAACAGCAGCAGCAACAUCAACAGCAACAACACCACCAAAUGCAACAGCAGCAACAGUUGCAACAACAACAACAGCAACACUGUAGGUCGUUAAUGGCCACGGCGGCCAGUAGUGGUGGCCGCGGUCCCGGAACGGGCGGUUACGAUUAUUAUUCGUCGCCACCGCCUGGCUACUACGGCGGCGCCGUGGACGACGAUAAUGGCGCGGACGACGACGUGGAAAACGGCGGCUGCGACGACCACGCCGAUGGUGACGGCAGAGAUGGAAUCGUUGACAUGAGCGGCGCCGGUGGCGGCCAAGACGCUUCUGCGGACAACGAGGACGAUUGCUACGGUGGCCCGCCAUCCGCGGGCGGUACUAACAAAAGGAAACAGCGCCGGUACCGGACAACGUUCACCAGCUACCAGUUGGACGAGCUGGAGAAGGCGUUCGGCCGGACCCACUACCCGGACGUGUUCACCAGGGAGGAACUGGCGUCGAAAAUUGGACUGACCGAAGCCAGAAUACAGGUAUGGUUCCAAAACCGACGGGCAAAAUGGCGCAAACAGGAGAAAGUCGGCCCACAGGCUCAUCCGUACAGCGGCGGCGGUGGAAACCCGUACUUGGGCGUGCCGAGUUCCAUGUCAGCCGGCCGCCACAGCCCGUCUGGAGCCGCGUUGAGCCCGCUUCCGGCAAACCCACCGUUCAUGAUGACAGGUGGCAUGGGCUUGGGCGGUGGUGGCCCGUUGGGAAUGGGCAACAUUGGUCUGGGCAGUCACCAUCUACUGCACCCUGGCCACCACCACCAUCACCACCAUCACCAGCAGCAGUUACAAGCCGCGGCCGCUAUGGCCGCUGCAUUGCGUGGCCACCACCACCAGCACCAUCAUCCAGGUAACGGUGGCGCAGGCAGAUCACCACCACUGCCACCGACGUCGCAGGCCCUGUCGACCGUCGCCGCUGCCGCCAUGGAACUCCAACUCCAGCAACAGCAACAGCACCAACGCAGCAACGGAGCCGCCGCAGCCGCAGCCGCAGCUGCAGUCGCAGCGGCGGCAGCUAACUUCCGUGGUUAUCCGUCUCAGCUGCAACAGCAAAGAUCGCCACCCGGAAACGAUAGCGCCUCGACUACUCCGCCUGCUCACAACAGCAACUCACCACCGCCAACAAUUCCGCUCCAGCCGACGCUCUACCAUCCGGCACCGGUGGCCGCGUCGCCAGCCGUGCCGUCUCCGCACCAUCUACACCAUCAUCAUCCUUACGCCGCCGCUUAUCACCAACACCUUCGCGGUGGCGUUGGUGGUCAGGGAUACCAACAUCACCAUCAACAGCAGCAACAGCAGCAGCAGCAACACUUCAACAGCCUGCUGGCCAAUAUGGCCAUGGCAGCGGCCGCCAUGCGACCCUCUGGCGUCGUCGGUGGUGCUCGGUCACCACCGCUUUCGCAGACGACGCCGCCGGGCCAUGCUGCACCCACCACCACCACCGCCGCCACUUCCGUCAGGUCCGCUCGCCGUACCACAGCCACCUCGGUCCGAUUCGUCGACCACGUCACCACCGGCCGCGGUGAUUCGCGGGGGCAAUGGCAGUCGGAGCUGCAGUGACAGGAGCAGCCCGGCCGGAUCCGACGGUGACGCGUGUCCAACGGACCCGAUUACUGCGGCGGCUACUGCAGCAGCAGCCGCCGAACUAAAUCGUCGGUCGUCCAGCAUCGCGGCGCUCCGCAUGAAAGCCCGCCGUCACCGGGAUGAGAUACGCUUGCGCGGCGGUAGCAACGCCGGCGACGAUACUACCAAUGCCAACGGUGGCCGCUGUUCUUCCUCGUCGUCGCUGUCGUCGUCCACCUCGUCGUAAUCGCCUCGAACAAGAUUACCGUUGUCGUCGCAGGUACCAAUGACCGAGUACGUUUUGUUUGUAAAGCCGAGUUUCCACUACACCGUGUCGUGCCGUGUUUGGUGCAUUUAAUAAAUAAUGUAGAUAUAACGCAUUAUCAUGUCGAAACACGUUACCUUAAAGUUUAAUAUAUUCAACCCUAUACCAGACACGGUAUAAUGGAAACUAGGCUUAAGGGUCGAUGACGGUAUAAUAUGCAGGUGUUGGCGAUUACUUUUAUAUUAGUUAUAUGGUUUGUACCGCGGACAUCGUAUUAUUACUGUAAAAUGCUUUAUGUUUAAAAUAGUGUUAGUACACGGCUGUAAUUUGUAAUGACUAUAUAGAUACUAUUACUACUACCGUCUAUGUAUUUUCAUAUUUUUAUUACAAUAUAAUUUUCACUGUCUUGGAACGGCCGCCGGCGGUCAGCAGCCAAUACAAUAAUGAUAUAGGUAGGUACGUAUGGUACAUACGUCGAUGAUAUUAUUAUCGUAGUAUUAUACGAAUCGCUCCCGUAAAAUAAUUAAAUUUAAUAACGAUUAGGUAGGUUUUUUAUUUCUUUCGUUCCGUAUUACUGCAGCGAUGAAACGGGAGGCGGUGACGGCGGAGAAAUCGCCCCCGUUCGCUGCGCCUCCCGCUGCAGCAUAGGUUAGGUUUUAAUGCGCGCCCCACCCGACAACUGCAACAGCGGCACAAUCUGUACUGGCCCCGAUCGUGUCUUCCUGUGCAGUAGUCAUCGAUAGAUGGAUCGAAUAAAAUAUAAUACAUAAGGACGUUCGAUCGAUAUACAUGCCUACGCACAGGUACAAUGAUAAUAAUAAUAACACGCUCAACAUUUUCCCGAUAUAAUAUAUAAUAUAAUGACGACGAGAUAGGUAAUUGGUAUUUUAACGAACCGAACGUGACGUUGCUCAAAAGCGAGUGCGACGCGCGGCGGCGCAAAACGAAUCGAAAACGAAAUCAAAUUAAAAACCAUAAACGAAUCCCAUCUGCUUUAAAACACCGCCCACACGAAUCCGCUAUGUAAGCUGCUGUUGAGACGUCGGUGGUUGGGUAUAUUAUUAUCUAUACGCUCAUAGAAAAUCUGUAUAUUAUAUUAUUAUAGUUUUGCCAUUAUAAUCUCGUGAUGGAAAUUUCGAAAAAUAAUGCACGUAGAGAAAGAAAAUUUGCGUGAGCCGAUACAGUGUUAAUCUUAACGUGCGUGCUCAAGUCAUGCGUAUCGAUUAUAUUAUAAUAUGAAUAUUAUGGGCACAGUGUAAAUGUGUGCGUAACUAAUUAAAAGAAACAUUUGUCAUCAGUUAAUCUACAUAAUAUAUAUACAAUAUACAUAUAGACAACAGUAACAUUUUUAAAAUCACUAUCCAAACUUUAGCACACGGCGUUAAAACAGAACGACGUAAUCUUGGUUGACUUUAUUAUUAUGAGCUAUCGAUUUAUCAUAUAGAUACUAUUAAUACCUAUAGUUUAUUAUUAUACGGCUACAACAGAUCUUACGGCAUACUUUCGGUUCAUACAGCCCCCUCCCCCCCCCCCCCAUCAUUAUAUAGGCCACCUAUUGACUCGUAAGCCAGCUCUGCCUAUAUUUUUCUAAAAUUACGGGUCGUGACUCGUGAGCAGAGAUAGGUAUAGGGCGCUACUGGGUGACCACGCGAAAUUACAUUAUAUGACAUUAUUGAAUAUUAUUUGAUAUAAUAUUAUUAUAAUAUAUGUUGUAGUUUAAUCCGUCACCAGCGUCUUCCAUCACGGAUCUGGUCUGAAUUCAUUGGAUCGGUCUACGAGUAUAAUAUAAGGUCUCUAUAUGGCUUAGCUGCACUGCCGUUUAACCGUACUUGGUAAAAUUCAACCGUUGUGCUUAAAUGUUGUAUUAUAAUAUUAUACGUUUUCAAUUUUUUUCCCCGAGAUUAUUACUAUAGUAAGCCGUGGUGUCUCGCAUUAGGUUAGCCCGCGCUAAUCGAAACUUCUUGUAAGUAUACAGUAAACAGACGACGACGAUAUUAUUAUCGUAUUUAUAUCUAGUGUCUGUAACUAGUAGGUAGUAGUAGUAUAGUAGUAUGUAUUAUAGUUGUAAACUUGCAGUAUAUAGUAGUAAUAAUCAUAAUGUAAUUAUCUUGCUAUCGUAUUUUCGCGAUUAAUAUGUAUAUAUACCUAAUAUAAUUAUACAUUUUACUGUAGCCCGUAUAUGGUAUGUUUGUGCAACGCGGAAUUAAAUUAAAAAUUGUAAAAAUGAAGUAGUGGCUGCUAUAUUAUAAUAUUAUGUUUUCACGGAUACGGCGGCCGUGGUAAUAAUAGUAUUACCGUAUAAUAUAAUAUAUUAUACACCAUUACAGCUAUUAUUGGGACUAUGUAGAAGCGGUAUGCUGCACGUGCACAUCGUAUCUAUAUAAUCGUAUAAUGUACGAUAAUGGUAUAGAUUAAGGGGAAAAUAUAUAUCAGCGCGACGUCCAGCCAAGUGAUCCAAUUAUCAUCUCGAGUAUAAAAUACUUACACUUGUAAUACGCGUGUGGUCAAGUAUUUUUCAUUUUGUUUCUGUUGUUUGGUGUCCAUCUAGACGUUUGUAUAUAAAAAGGUAGAGGUAAUAUCUUAACAUAUUAUGUGACUUCCCAAAGUUCCAUAGUCGUCGUCGUGAGUAUUGUAAAUAAAUUACGUAUGAACCAUGUAUAUAUAUAUAUAUAUAUAUAUUAUUAUAUUUAAUAUUAUAGUAUUAUACUUUU